AUUGAGAGGGGCCUUCUUCUUAUUCCAUUUUUUUAAUCACCAAAAUGAUUAUUCACAGGUAAAAUAACGGAGCACAUUUGUUGAUUUUGGUUUCGUUCACAGGUGAGCUAGAGAGAAAGCAAAGAUGGGGUUGAUUUUAACAAAGCUGUUCGGUAGUUUUUUUGGUAAGAAGGAGAUACGAAUUCUGAUGGUGGGUCUUGACGCAGCCGGUAAAACCACCAUUUUGUAUAAGCUUAAGCUUGGAGAAAUCGUCACUACCAUCCCCACCAUUGGAUUUAAUGUUGAGACAGUGGAAUACAAAAACAUCGGCUUCACUGUGUGGGAUGUUGGUGGUCAGUACAAGAUCCGUCCACUGUGGAGACAUUAUAUCCAGAAUACUCAAGGCCUAAUUUUUGUUGUGGAUAGCGAUGACAGGGAUAGAGUUGCUGAGGCAAAGGAUGAGUUAGAUAAGAUGUUGAGUGAGGAUGAACUGAAAGAGGCUGUUUUGCUUGUACUUGCUAACAAACAAGAUCUUCCAAGUGCAAUGAAGGCCGCCGAAAUAUCUGAUAAGCUUGGUCUAGAUUCUCUUAAUGAACGGCAGUGGUAUAUCCAGAGCACAUGUGCAACCACUGGAGAUGGUCUUUAUGAGGGGUUAGAUUGGCUUUCCAGCAACAUCAUUGGCACAACAAACACAUGAACAAGAUAAUACAGAUCUACCAACAAGUUCAUCUUCACCACCACAAGUCGCAUCUAAUCCACCGUCAAGUUUAUUGCCUCCACCAAAGGAUCAUUGUAAGAAGAGGAGUAAGGGACGAGUGUAGUCCGAGACUUUAGAUGUUGAUGAUGAUGGACAAGUCUCAUUGGACAGCGACAAUGGACGUCUCUAUGUCGGAUGGAUGUUGUAACCUCUACCACAAGGGUGGGAUUGUCAUCAUCAAAGUCAUGGACAUCGUUUUAGUACGACAUCAUUUCAGAUUCAUUUAUGUAAAUUUCAUUGGUUAUGAUCUAGAUGAUGCCGGAGAUGAGGUUUAAUGUUGUGAGACAUUUCGAUGAGCCUUUG